AUGUGCGGCUGCGGGUGGCGGGACGGCCCUGUCUGUGCCUCUGUGUGUGUGUGUGGCUGCGGUGAAUGUGCGGCCCGGGAGCCGGGACACGUUUACCUGCCGCGCGGGGACAUGGCGGCGCCGGGAACCACCGCGAGAGCGCGGAGAGAGGAGAAAUAUGACAGACAACUGAGGCUGUGGGGUGACCAUGGACAGGAGGCACUGGAAGCAGCUCACGUUUGCUUGAUAAAUGCCACUGCGACUGGGACUGAAAUGCUGAAGAAUCUGGUGCUUCCUGGAAUCGGAUCUUUCACCAUUGUGGAUGGCAGCUCUGUUAGUGGAGCUGAUGUUGGGAAUAACUUCUUCUUGACUAAAAAUAGCAUUGGAAAGAAUCGAGCUCAGGCUGCCACAGAACUUCUGCAGGAGCUGAACAGCGAUGUGUGUGGGAACUUUGUGGAGGAGAGCGCGGAGCAGCUCCUGGAGAACGAUCACACUUUCUUCUCUCGGUUUCACUUGGUGAUUGCGAUCCAGCUCCAGGAAAGCACUCUGCUGCGCUUGGCUGGUGUGCUAUGGAAUAUGGAGGUGCCGCUUCUCGUCUGCAGGACGUACGGGCUGGUGGGGUACAUGAGACUGGCUGUGAAAGAGCACACAGUUGUGGAAUCUCACCCUGACAACGCACUGGAGGAUUUGAGGCUGGAUUUGCCUUUCACCCAACUCCGCGAUCAUGUGCAGGCAUACAGCCUGGGCACAAUGGAGAGAAAGGACCACAGACACACGCCUUGGCUCAUUGUGAUAGCAAAAUCCCUUGAAACGUGGCUGAAUGAGCAUAACGAUCAGCUACCGAAAAACUACAAGGAGAAGGAAUCUUUUAGAGAGCUCAUACGACGAGGAAUCCUGAAGAACAAGGAUGGUGUGCCGGAGGACGAGGAGAACUUCAUGGAAGCCAUCAAGAACGUCAACACUGCUCUGAACCCCACCAAGAUUCCAAGUGACAUACAGGAGCUGUUCAAGGAUGAGCGGUGCUGCCACAUCACUGCCCAGAGCUCUAUGUUUUGGAUAUUGACUCGAUCAGUGAAGCAGUUUGUGGAGAACGAAGGAAAGGGGACCCUCCCCGUACGCGGCACCAUUCCUGACAUGAUUGCUGACUCAGCUCGCUUCAUCAAGCUGCAGAACGUAUACCGUGAGAAAGCUAAACAAGAUGCUGGCACAGUGAUCAAAUAUGCUGCUGCACUGCUGGAAUCCAUAGGCAGGUCACCUGAGGCGGUCUCUGAGAAAGACGUUAGGCUUUUCUGUAAGAACGCAGCCUUUCUACGAGUUGUGCGGUGCCGUUCUUUGGCCGAGGAGUACAGUGUGGAGACAGUUAAUAAAGAUCAAAUAGUGUCCUGCAUGGAGAACCUCGACAGUGAAAUGGUGUUGUACAUAAUGCUUCGGGCUGUCGAUGCCUUCCAUAAGCAACAUGGGAGAUUCCCAGGUGUUUAUAAUUACCAAGUAGAAGAGGACAUUGGGAGGCUGAAACUGUGCGUCGUUGGCCUCCUGCAGGAGUGGGGGGUGUCUGUGUCUGUCAAAGAUGACUAUAUCCAUGAAUUCUGUCGUUACGGGGCUGCUGAACCACACACUGUAGCUGCUUUUUUGGGAGGAGCUGCUGCUCAGGAGGCCAUCAAAAUAAUCACAAGACAGUUUGUACCAUUCAAUAACACAUUUAUUUAUAACGCUAUGCUGCAGACAUCGAUGAGUGUGCGGCUUUAGAUUCCCUCACACUCUCUCUUUCUCUCCCCCACCCCUCCUGCUGCACACACACAAAGCUGUCAUGAUUUCCCUCAUCAAUUACAAGGCAAAGCUGUGUUGCUAAUAUUUGGUGCUAUGUUUUGUCUCUCCAAUUCCUGUAAUAUCAGACAGAAUAAAAUUAAAACCCAA